AUGUUGAUUCCAUGCUUGGCCCUGCUUGGACUUGUAACACUGUGUGCUUCUACAGACACAUGUCCAGAGGUAAAAGUAAUCGGAGUUGGGGACUCGGACAAGCUGACCAUUAUCAGAGGAUGUCCUGGGCUUCCUGGAACUCCAGGACAGAAGGGAGAACCGGGUGCUCCAGGUCAGAUUGGACCACAAGGAGCCGUAGGAAAAUCUGGACCCCAGGGUCAGAAAGGAGAAAAGGGAGAUAUGGGAAGAACCGACAGCCUCAUUGCAAAAGACUGUAAAGAGCUGCUAUAUCAAGGACAGGUCUUGAGUGACUGGUACACCAUAUACCUGGAUGACAACACCCAGCUGAAGGUGCUGUGUGACAUGCACACUGACGGUGGUGGCUGGCUUGUUUUUCAGAGAAGAAGGGAUGGCUCAGUGGAUUUUUACCGCAACUGGAAUUCCUACAAGGUUGGGUUUGGAAGCCGUCUGAGGGAAUUCUGGUUUGGCAAUGACAAUCUUCAUGCGCUAACGUCAAUAGGUACUUGGGAGCUGCGCAUUGAUUUUCAUUUUGACAACCGAUGGUAUUUUGCUAAGUAUGCCUCCGUUGGGGUUCUUGGAGAGUCGGAGAAAUACAAAUUAUCACUGGGAAACUUCACAGAAGCAAAUGCAGGAGACUCCCUUACCUACCACAAUGGUGAAAUGUUUUCCACGAUAGACCAGGACCAUGACACGAAUGUUGGGAACUGUGCGAAGACAUGCAAAGGCGGCUGGUGGUAUAAGAGUUGUUACAAUGCAAACCUGAAUGGGCUCUAUCUUCUGGGGGAAAUCAACAGUGAGUCCUCUGGUGGAAGUGUGUGGAAGACCGGGAAGGGAUUUAAAUAUUCCUACAAGUACAUUGAAAUGAAGAUCAGACCCAGCAUGACAUAA